GGUGGUUUGGUAAUUACGAAGGAGGGAGAAACGAAAUGUUGCAGUGGCUUUCAGGGAUCACGUUGUGUCAACAUUAUUUCCGAUGAUGAGCAACUGCAGGCUAAUGCCAGGUACUAUCAGUGGGGUCAUCUUGCAAUGACUUACACUGGUAUUGGCAUAUUGGCCACACUUGGUGAUGACUUGAGUCGUUUGGAUCGCAAAAGCAUUGUUGAUGGCGUAGCUGCAGUCCAACGCCCAGAUGGCAGCUUUAGCGCCUGUAUAGACGGCAGUGAGAACGAUAUGCGUUUCGUGUUUUGUGCAGCCGCCAUUUGCCAUAUGUUAGACUAUUGGGGAGAUGUGGAUAAAGAGAAAAUGUUCCAAUUCAUAACAAGUUGUAUUCGUUAUGACAAUGGCUUCAGUCAGUAUUUGGAGGGUGAAGCGCAUGGUGGUACUACAUUUUGCGCUUUGGCUGCGUUAGAUUUGAGCGGCCAACUGCAUCGCUUAGACGAGACAACGAUUGAAAAUAUAAAGCGUUGGCUCAUUUUUAGACAAGUAAAUGGUUUCCAGGGACGUCCGAACAAAACUGUGGAUACCUGUUAUUCCUUUUGGAUUGGUGCAGCGCUACGUAUUUUAGGUGCCUUUGAACUAAUCGACUACGCCGAAAAUCGCGCCUACAUUAUGGAGACACAAGACAGCAUAGUCGGUGGUUUCUCCAAAUGGCCACAAUCUACAACAGAUCCAUUUCACACAUAUUUUGGUCUUUGUGGAUUGUCCUUCAUGAAUGAACCGGGCUUGUUGGAAGUUAUGCCUAGCUUGAAUAUAUCAAUGCGUGCAUAUAAUCGUCUGAAACAGGUACAUGCACAGUGGCGAACUGAUAAUGCAGAAGACAAAUUUGUUAGCAAAAAUACAUCGGCAUCAAAGCUUGGCAACGCUGAAAAUUCAACGUCCGUUACCUCGCCGCUUAUAGAAGCACAAUAAUGCGCAUUUGGUUUACUAAAUUUUUACAUUUAAUUAAGCUGAAAAUAAUUUGUUGGCAGUAGUUCGAGAUCGGCCAUUUAUUUUUAAAGGUCUACGAAUUAGGUGUUGGAGUGUUUUUGUUUUUGUAAUAUGAGAAGCGAUCCGCUUUUAUUUGGUCUUGUUUCUAAUGCUUAUAUGUAGAUAUUCUGCAAUAAUUUUGCUUAUAACACUCCCCAAAAGAGUCAUGCAGCUGGUCACUCAAUUUUAACUCCUAAUCUGUAAUUUUGCUCUACAAAAACUAAAUUUUCUACAGUUUCAGCUAAGUGUACGCGGUUCCGUUAAUAAGCAGAUCCAAUCAUAUAUUUAUUGUGAGAACCUAUUGUGAAAGCAUAAGCACAACUAUUUUUUAAUUGUAUUUAGUUAUACAUAUAUUGAUCGGUAUUGUAAAUAAACUAGAGUUUAAAACUACAGCUAGCAUAAGUUAUUUUCUAAAGAGAAUCACACACAAAAAUAUAGUAGUUCUAAACAGAG